UAAUCAUACGUGCAGUUUGCGGGCGCGUAAUAAUUGAUGGUGUUAUUAUAAAUGGGAAUCAUUAUGACAGCUGCUAUAGUGGCAAUUAAAUUUUCAAAAACAACAAAACCUGAAUUCAUGAAGAAAAGCAUGCUGGUGGAGAAGGGGCGAGGCAUAUUUUGACUGAUUAUUCUGUGGAAUAAAAUAAUUAACCGAUUGACUCCUGGUGUGUUUUGUGACAUAGCUGCUUAGGAGACGUGGCUCAUGAUGAUGCUGCAGAAGCAGCUCUAGCAAAUAUUGCGCGAUGCACAGGGUAGAGCAUGUGCAUUCAGAAUGAGAGAGAGCUUUUAACAGCCAAACGCCAGACAGCCUGAAGCAGGAGGAGGUCAGGGCUCCAAGUUCACGCAAGACAUGCAGCCUAAAAAGCGGACCAACUUUCCCUCUUCGGCUUUGAUUAGCAGAGGGGCGUAAUGAACCUGAUGGCCAUUUUAAGGAUUCUUGCAAAGAGAAGGGCCCGUUAGAUUGGCAAAAAAAAAGGAAAAACGAGUGCCCUCCUAUUCUGAAGACGGCGGACACAUCACCGCUUUUCUGAGAAAAAUCCUCCUCUCCAGGAUGUCAGUCAUCCCCGUGGGUGAGAGGAGCGCGGAUCCGAGCGGCGUUGAGACCUACGACAGCGGCGAUGACUGGGAGAUCGGGGUGGGCGAUCUGAUCAUCGACCUGGAUGCAGAUUUGGAGAAGGACCGACAGAAGCUGGAGAUGAACCGCCUGGGCAGCGCCAAAGGCAGCACGAAGGAGUACGAAGGGAUGGGGUCCGCUUGCGCCAACGCCGCGACAUCAGCCGCCGCAUCCGACGGCCUCGCGUUCGCCUCCGCGCAGCCCUCCGUCCCCCAGGGGAGCGGCGGCGCCCGGGAGGGCGGCAGGGGGAAAGUGAAGCGGAGCAAAACUCCCAGGGACGCCAGCAAAUCCGCGUCGCCGUCCGCGCCGUACGGCGCCCCCGAGACAUGCGCGGGCGCGAGCCAGGACGCUCAAGGACGCUCCGUGGAGGCGCUCGCGACCAUGAACCCGGCGCCGGGCCAGGCGGUCGGCGGCGCGCGCGCAAGCGGCGAGCAGUGCGCCAGAGGCAAGGAGGAGAAGAGCGGCAGGACUCAGAGCAGGAGCGCGAAGAGGGAGCGGGACGGCGGCAGCAGGGCCAAGCGGGAGAGGCAGGAUGCCGCGCACGCGAGCUGGCAACUUGGCAACGUGUACGCGCCGGGAAGCAAAGGCAGUCCGUGCGGCAGCGGAGACGGCGGCGGCGCCGGAGACACGGCGAAGAACGGCGUGGACUGUGGAGUAAUGGACAGCGCUGGUGUGGGCAAGAGGAGCGAUGACGACACCGCCGCCGCACCUGCCAAGAGGCCCAAAGCCGACAAGGCAGAUUCCAUGUUCACAGUGCCUGUGUCCCUGCCUCCAGCUUCUCAAGCGCCAACCCCAUACGUCCACCUGUACCCGCCCAUUUCCUCUCCAUCGGAGCAGCUUCUGGUUCGGACACGGUCCAUAGGAACCAACACACGCGAGGUGGGGAAUGGCACCGACCCGGCCCUCCUCGGGCCAUGCGAACCUGGGACCACGGUCAACCUAGAGGGCAUUGUGUGGCACGAGACGGAGGAAGGUGUUCUCGUGGUGAAUGUAACGUGGAGAAAACGGACGUAUGUGGGCACACUGCUAGACUGCACCAAGCAUGACUGGGCACCUCCCAGAUUUUGUGAAUCCCCAUCAAGUGAUUUUGAGAUGAGAGGUGGGCGUGGUCGUGGGAAGCGAAUGCGACUGGCGAUUCCCAGUCUUCCCGACAUUGAACCUGGCUUCUCCAAGGUUCGAGGUCUGCCACACAAAAACCGUGGUGGUAGCGUCCACGGGAAAGGUCGGCGGGCGAGCCUGAACCUGAUCGGCAGCUGCAGGAUACCUCCAUUCUUCACUGUUGAGGAGAUCAAGUCCACCUCAAUGAUCUCUGGGAAACGCAAAAAUAAGCCGCCUGCGGAUCUCGAUUUGAAUUUAGUCUCGGAGGAUGUUAAAUCAGGAAAGCGAAUCCGGGCUAAAUCCAGGAGUGCUCCCUCCACCCCACAGGGGAAGUCCGACCCAUCAUUCAUAGACCAGGGUUGUUCUUCACCAACCCUAAUAGACUGCCCACAUCCCAACUGUAACAAGAAAUACAAACAUAUCAAUGGCCUCAGGUACCACCAGACACAUGCACACCUGGACCUUGAUCGCAAACUGGACUUUGAGGUGGAAGGUGAGGCCCGAAUUUCAGACUGUGAGGAGUCCCUCAGCAACAUAACGUUGGACUGUCCGGAGAGCACCGAGAGUCCUGUAAAGACAAGUUCUCUGUUUAAGCUGACUACACUUGGAAUGCCAAGAAACAGGAAGGUGCCACUCAAUAAUGAUCAUGCUCCUGCAACAAAUGCUAAAGUACGCAGAAAUUCAGGGACCAAAGAGGGACUUGAUGACUUAAGUAAUCUGCCAAUCAUCUCCAAUAUGACUGUGUUGCUAGAGAACUGCCUUGUGACUGACAGGAGCUCGUCAACAGAGAUGCCCAAACUGGAAGCGGAAGGGUUGAUUGACAAAAAAGGUAUGUGUGACAAGAGUAAAAAGGCAAAUGGGAAAGUUGAUAAAUGUUCGUCCAAGUCCAAGAUCACCAGACCUAUUGCUCCUGCUCCUCCUCCGCCAAAACUCAUUGCAAUCUCUACUGCUACCUUCACCAGCAACACAGCUGGAACCAUACCUCAUCAGACCUCGCCACCGGCAGUCGUUGGUCACAUAGCAAAUAAAAGUCCUCUUCUAAAGCCAAUCAGGCCUAAGUCAAGCAGCGGUGAGCCAAAUUUGGUCAACUCAACCCUGGUCACUGGGAAAGACAACAGGAGGAAGGAGAAACGUAGAUUUAAGGACAGAGACUGCAAAGAAGGGAGAAGUCCCAAGAGUGAGCACAAGCUCUUGAAAACGGAUUUGGCAAAAGGCAUGGGAAAAGAAUUUCCGGUAAGUCUGCUGAAAGAGCACUUGAGUAAGCAGGAUUCCACAAACGGCAUGUCUGAAUCCCAGGAGAGCCGUAUGGCCAGCAUUAGGGCCGAGGCAGACAAGGUGUAUACUUUUACUGACAAUGCUCCGAGCCCUUCCAUUGGUACCUCUUCCAGGCUUGAUGGCGGUACGCUUUCGAAUGGUGACGGCAAUACCACCAAAACAAACAGCCCCGCCUACUCUGACAUAUCAGAUGCAGCUGACGAUGGUGGAGGGGACAGUCGUUCUGAGGGCACAAGGACCAAAGGAAGCUUAGCCUCUGAUGCCAGCUCCAACAAGGACAGCCACACCAAAGGCUUUCAAACCACAGCAACACAAGAGGCAAUGGGAAAAGAGGCCCAGUCUCCAUACUACCACGGAUAUGACCCUUACUAUCUCUCAGGUUACCUGCAGUCUGGGCAGCCGAACAACUCUUUUUCAAACGUCAGCUCUCUUAAUGACGCCAGCCCCAGGAAAGAGGAUGUAAAAGAGGACGGUGUAGAAAAGGAAAGUGACGAAUAUGUGGAAGGUAAAAAGAACGAUGUGGUGAACUCAAGUUCGCAGUCUCAACUCCAGCUGGCUAUGAUGCAGACGCAGACGGCCCUCGCUCAGUCAUUGUACUAUGGGCAAUACACACGUGGUCUUUACGUGGACCAGAAAUUGUUGAUGUUAUCCAACACCUACAGGCCGCCUUACGAGAAGUUCUACGAUGAACCCCAGUUUGGAGAGCAGAAAGCAACACAGUUAAACCAAGAAGCAGAGGCGAAAGAGCAAUCAAAGGAGGAGACGAAUCCAAAGAUGGUUUCGUCAAGUGUGGCAUCAAAGGCCACUGACUCUGUGAAGUCCUGUUGCCCCAAACCAGGACUGACGGAGGAGCUGGGGGAAAAACACAUCCCUGUCAGUCAGCAUCAGCAAGGGAAGCCUGCACUUGUCAGUGAAAUGAACAGCCAGCAUAAUGCCAAGGAUGGUGCUGAGAUGAAACUUGCCAUGGAUUCUGUGAAGCAGACAGUACUGGAUCAAAAAUUAUCCUUUACACAUGAUCCUGAAGCUCAUUCUUGGUACCAUCCAUACCAAUCAAAAAAUGUUGAGCAGCAAAACCAGGACAAGUCAGGGGAGGAGUUGGGUCCUGACAAGGCUAAAGAAAGGGAUGGUCCCCUAGGGCCGUCAACGCGGCCCGAGUUGGAGCCUGGAGAGCUCCAGCAGCAGGACUCUCUUGCAGGAUGCACGGAAGACCACGAGAAACUUGACGACAGAGAGGCGGCAGGAAGUGCAUUCGGGGACACUGGGGGUGCCAGGGUGGCUGUUUCAUCGCCAGUUAGCCCCCACCAAUCAUACAUGCAGUACCAGCAUGCUUACUCGUACCUGCAGAUGUGUGACCCCAGCAGCAGUGCCUACAGGGUGAUGUCACCUGCGCUGAUGCAAAGCUACCCAGGUUUUCACUACCCGCUCUAUGGCAAAACUGCUGGACGGGAUGAGUCGGAAGUGGCUCCCAGUGGCCGGGGUGCGAGUGGAAAGUCCCAGUGCGAGUCCGUGGCUCUGGAACUGCUACAGCACCACAAACUGCCCUUCCAUGCUCAGUCCCCAACGCCAGGGGAGAGAGAAUCGCCAAAACGCGAGCGGGCACUGGAGCGAGAAAGGGACCACGCCCCCUUCGCCCGACACCUUCACACCCAUCAUCAUACUCACCUGGGCGUGGGCUACCCACUCAUACCUGGGCAGUAUGACCACUAUCAAGCAUUAGGGGCUUCUGGUCUAACCUCUGCAGCUGUGGUCUCCAGCCAGCAAGUAGCAGCACAGACAUCCGCAGCUGGCAAUGAUGGGAAAAUUUGAACCCAUGGCAUGUGACAAGCUCACAUGAACACAAGCAGAUCCAGUGGCAUCAGUUCCUUGGUGUUAUUUGUUGCCCCAUGGGGGGCAGGACCCAGUACCAUUUUUUUUUUUCCUUAUGUAUGAAGAUUUUAUAAGAGUAUUAAUGAUGUGACAUUGAUGGGAAAUUAGUUGCCGACUGCUAAUUUGUAACAAUGAGGAAACCUGGAAACACCCCCGUUGGGCACUUAAUGUGGCCAUUUUUAAAAUGGAGAAUGUACAAUGAUUUAGUAGGAAAAUCAGUCACAGCAAGGGCCAUGUAGUUCUAUUUGGCAGGAAACAUAUGUCGUUGUGUAACCAUAUUACUGAAUGUAUUUGAUAUUGCAAUAUCACCGGGAUGUUUGGAGGGAACUGCUGUAGAAGUGACACCAUGCUCAAGUGACUGUAAUGUGGUCCCCUCUUGUAAUGCCCAAACUGUACCUGUAUACACUUGACUGUACCCACAUGUCUAUUGUAUUGUAUUAUGUGUGAGUAAAUCUAUACUAUGCGAUUUUUAUUUUUCAUCGCUGUGGUGUAUAUCCUGUACAUAGUUAUACGGCAGAGUAUAAAAAAGCUUAUUUAGAUUCUUUUUAAUUUGAUUGCAUUGUCUGACAACUCUAAUUCACCUGCAUAGCGUCUGUGAUUGUUCUAUCUUGUGAAUAGUGCUGCAAUCUUUAAAUGUUUACCAGUGAUGAUGUGUUAGAGAAGACACUCCACUGCUGUUACCGGGUCAGUUAUUUCACGGCUGAAAUCAAAGUUUAGGUUAACUGUACAUUGGAAAUGCGGUUGUUUUUUUACCUGCCUUAAAAUUGUUUGGCAAUCACAAUUAAAGGAAGAGAUGUUUAUAUGAAGCAUCUGUUCAUUGUGUUUUUCCAUGGGGGCACAGAACAUCAAGAGGUAAGAGAAUCAUACCAUCUGCCAUCCCUUGGUAUUAUUUUUCAUUAGUUCUGCUUCUCCAGUA